UUGCAGAUCGUAACUACAGCACGGUGUUGUGUGUUUACGUGGUUUUAAAUCGGAAAAUGGGCGGUGCAAGAAAACUUGAAUCUUUUCGGGGGUUUUUUUUUUGUAUCAUCAACGACAAGACGUUUGUUUUUGUUCUACUGAAAGAAACUACUGAAAGAACUGAACCGUUACAGUGCGAAAUCGUCAGGGAUUCGUUGAAAAAUACGAGUUCCUGGGUAGUGAUUUCGAUAUUGUCGUGCCGUUCACUUCACAAUUACAAUUUUUCUGACAGGUGGCAAAACUAGCGACACUAAUGACUUGUGGCUGUAGGGUGAAGGUACAAAAAGUACCCUUGGUACCUUUUUCAGAGUGUAUAAACAUGUUAAACAUCUCUUAAUCUUGCAGUGUCGUAUGUUUAUUUACUCUCCUAUAAAGUCUCAUUACUUUUAUUUGUGAGGCCCCAUGGAGCUGGACCACCCCUCCUGGGAAUUACAGAAUUUCAAUAUUCCCACGCGCAAAAAACCCCCCAAAAAAACCGCUACAUUGUUUGCUCUGACGUCACAUCUCCUUAACCGUCGCCUGAUUGAGUGAUUGUUAGGUCGCUUUAAAAAAUCGAUCCACCAUUAACGCUACUGUUUCAUGCUUAUUAAAUCAUUCAUUUAAAUGGAAACCGUUUCGAGCCAGAGAGUCUCGCGGACCCCGAAGUGCGCGCGAUGCCGCAAUCACGGCUUCGUGGUGGUUCUGAAGGGUCACGCGGGCCGCUGCCGGUUCUCGCAGUGCAGCUGCUGGAAGUGCACGCUCAUCUCCGAGCGCACAAGGAUCAUGGCGAGGCAGAAGGGGGUCAGAAAGGGUCAGCGCGCGCAGGAGCGCCAGAGACGCGCCGCCGCCGCCGCCGCCGGUGAAAACGGAAACGGGAUCGGUGCCUCCUCAGAGGUAUCCGGCGUCACAGAGCGCGUCACAAAGAGCGCGGCGCGUGGAACGGACACGGAGGACAAAACGUACACGGAGCUCGAGGUGGCGGUACCGGAGGCGAGCGGCGCGCGCGAUCCGACUACAAGUCCGGAGAUCCCGCAAAACUCCUCUGAUCAAUGGAAAGGAACUCAAGAUAACGCGAUUUUAAGAGGGCAUUUGCCAUUGGACUGCUUUGUAUCAGAAAUACCCCAGAACACAGUGUACUCGAAUGAUCUAGCCAUGGCGAUGCCCUUCCACCUGCACGCCCACUACGCCAAUGCCUACACACAUCCAGCGUUCCUGUUCAACUUCGGCGCACCUCCACUCGGACCCGUCGGGUUUCCUUACAUUCCCCAGGCUGCACUGAUGGUGUCCAGACCGGAAGGUCCUGCUUUCUUCUACACGCCGUAUCUCUUUCAUCCGGAACCUCAUCGCUACCAACAUUACAUCAACGAGAGAGGUGAUGGAGCCGAUGUGUCUCCUCUACGACAAAGGCGUGACUUGGGAGGAAUUGAAGGCAGCCAGAGACAAGCAUCCAGACCUGCAGAGAGCGCUUUUCCAUGAACGAAAAAAUAAAUAAAAAUCGAGGACCCCUUUACCUUGCUUUCACUCCUGAACCUGACGAAUCAAUAUUCAUUAUUUUAUGCAAAUCUGGCAGCGUGUUCAUUAGAAGCGAGGACUGGUGCAUUAUUGUAUAUAUAAAAUUAUACAGGUAUUAUUCCUACACUGUUCCUAAAAUGUUCUGUUCAUUGUUGCUCUUUUUUUUUUUUGGUCAUUUACAUGUUAAUAUUUUGAGCUGAAAGUUUUCUGGAGAAUCUGUUGAUGGAUUUACUUUAAAUAUUUUCACUAUAAUAUUAAAAGUCUGAGUUUAUGAAAAAUAAAUUUUUCAUUGUGCUUCUUGA